UCCAGAUGCAUAAAAGGGCUCCCACUCUUGACGCAGAGACAUCACCCACAUGCAUGUGUGGCUGGUUUUAAUCUCUCCGGCAAGCUCCAAGGCAACAGCAGCCCUUUGCCCAGAGAGCUGGGAGAGAAAACCCAGGCAGGAAGAGAGGAUGAGGGUUUCCGCAGUGGCUACCUUUGCUGUGCUUUCUGUUCAGUUUUGUACCCUGGCUCAAGUCCAUGGGAAGUGGGCUGGGAAAGGGCUGGUGGACCCAGCAGGGGCUGGAGGAGCCAAGAAACCUCUCCACGCGCCCCUUGAAGGAGACAGAGAGGCGGAAGCCCAAAGACUGCCUCCUGCCAGGUCGCGGAAGGCGGAAGGAGGAGCUGGAGCAGGUGGCAGAGCCCACAGCAAAGCGGCAAGCAAACCCCAACCGGGACAUGUUAAACAGAAGGCCAGCAGCAAGAAGCAGGUUCCCCAGCUGUCCCCUCCGAGAAGUAAGAGCCCAGGACUUCAGAACUACUUGAAAGGACAUGGGAAAUUUAACACAGAUACGUAUUCCUGUCCUGGGAUUCAGUCAAAGGCCUGCAGAAAACCCUCAGACUGCGAUGGCUGCCUGGGCCUCUAUACCUGCAAACUGCCGAGAGGGAAGUGCGACCUGAAAGCAGUUUCCCAUGAAACAGGUGGUUUCUUCCAGAAUAUCCAGAACAGAUAAAAGACACUGAGUUCCUGUCAGCCUUUUUAAAAAAAGAACUGCCAGCACCACCCCAACAGAUGUUCAUGCUUCUAAAGCUGUACAAUUUGGGGGAGGGGAGAGAGAGAGAGAAUUAAAAAAACUGGUUUUAAGUGGCAUUCUGUUCAAACGUUGCAAGUUACGUUUGCUCACAUUAUCUAAACUUGUUACAAUCUGUUAAUAAAGAAGGACUUUCAGUUUAUUUUGACUGUUUUGAUUUCGGUUACCCCAUCUGCACCUCCCAUGAGGAGGGAGCUUCAGCAGGGAUCCCUUCUCAGCUUGAAGAUGAAUGAGCAAGAGAUAGAGCUUUUUUUGUCUUCUCAUUUCCUGGAGAAACCCAAGAAUUAUGGCUGCUGCUGCUGCUGCAACUUGUCUCAGGGUCCAGGUCUACUCUGGCACAAGGGCACCAGUUGUGAUCUUGCAGCUAGGUAGAAAACCUUGAUAUGUUCAAACUUUGGCAACAGGGCGCAGGGUCCUAAGUUUAGGUUACAACAGGUAAGUCAGCGCUGGCCUCUGUCCCAGAGCCCAGGUGUAAAAGGAAAAGGCACAAGGUGUGCAUGGACCCAUGCAAGCUUUAAAAAAAGUCCUGGGGAAUAGACCAUGAGAAGACUAAUGGCUUGCAAAACAUAUAGGUUUCCCUACCGAAAUGGCUUGCCCCUAGGGAGGGACAAUUGCUCACCGGUAAGCGUCACUUGAAUGCAGCAGGUCCCAGAUUCAUUCCCUGGUAUAUCCACUUAAAAGGAUUAAGUACUGUAGCAGGUAAUAGGAGAGAAGUUUUGCUGGCUGAGAUGAUGGAGAGCUUCUGCCAGUCACAGUAAGCAGUACAGGGCUAGAUGGGCAAGUAGUCUGACCUGGCAGAAGGCAACUCCCAGUGUUCCUACAGCCAACUUUCAUUCUCAGCACUGACGACAGACAGAAUGGCUGGGGCAAACACGACCUUCCGUUCUGAAUCCGCUGUGAGCAGGAGGAUAAAAUAGGAGCUUCCUUUUGAUACAAAGAGUCGAGACGUGCUCUGGGGGAGACGUCAGGAAGCAAACCUCUGCCACAUCUUAUUUGUGUGAGAAACACAAGAAUAAGUUGGGGAGGGGGGAGAAGGAGCCUUAAGUAAAAAUGGAAGCUAACGGAAAUGGAACCUUUCGGUGAAUGUUUGACAAAACCUCUGCCAACACAAAACAGCAGAGGUGGAAUUGAACCCAAGGCCCUUUGUGGGCAAAGGAACUGAGCUACAGGUGCCCCCCCCCAAUUGUUUGAAUUCCCUCCCAGGUACCUUUACUUUUUCCUCUUAACUGGGACUGUACAUAAAAGUAGAAGACAUAAUGGAAAAGGCUCAUCGCUCGGUGAGCGCAUGAACAAAUCACCACAAGUUCCAAAUCAUCGAUGCAAUUUUUGUGCCACCACAAAUGCAGUACUCUUCAGCAGAGUGGCUUCACCCACUCAGCAGUCACUAAGCCAGAGCUUUCGAAUUUUUUCAUACGGGUGUCACACUUUUUAGAAAGCAACAUUUCGCGACAUGGUAAUUCAGUUUUGCUAGCAAAAUGGAGGUUAAACUAACCCCUUUCCAGCCCCUCCUCCCAGGAGGAGCGCAAGAAGCGUUUGUGUGACACACCUACACACUGCAGCCGACGCACUAAUGUGUCGUGACACAGAGUUUGGAAAGCUCUAAAAACUAAGUACAGUGGUGCCUCGCU